AGAGAGAACAACAUAGCCUGCAGCAGCAUCUCUGACCAUCUUUUCCAAGGGAAAUAUUGGCUUCUUUAUGUAGUUGAACUUCAAUAAACCACUCUCUUUCUGCAAUCCAUUCUCUGGUUUGGGUUUUGGAACAGAAUCGCAUGCAUGACAUUCCGAAAAGGAGAGAAAAUGACCAUAAGCAUCCAGGAGCAUAUGGCCAUUGAUGUGUGUCCAGGUCCCAUCAAGCCGAUCAAACAAAUUUCGGACUAUUUUCCUCGUUUUCCACGUGGUAUUCCCACCACCGUUACCCGUAGUAACUCCCUAAAAUCGAACGUGAGCCAACCAUCUGUUAGUCCGUCGGAAAGUUCUAAAGAGGAAGAGGAAGAUGUGGACAAAUUAUUCGGGGCAUAUGGAGCAGCUUCUACAACCACAACUACUAACACACUGCCUUCUAAACAAGAUGAGGAACUCGACCUGGAUGGAUAUGAUUCAGAUGACUGCACAACUCUGGGGACAUUGGACUUUAGCUUGCUAUAUGAUCAUGAAAACAAUGCUCUGCACUGCACAAUCAAUAGAGCCAAGGGCCUGAAGCCUAUGGACCACAAUGGACUUGCUGAUCCAUAUGUUAAACUGCAUUUACUUCCAGGAGCUAGUAAGGCAAAUAAACUAAGAACAAAAACACUGAGAAAUACGCUAAAUCCCACGUGGAAUGAGACAUUAACUUAUUAUGGGAUCACAGAUGAAGAUAUGAUCCGCAAGACUCUCAGAAUUUCAGUUUGUGAUGAGGAUAAGUUCCGCCACAAUGAAUUCAUCGGUGAAACAAGAAUUCCUCUAAAGAAACUGAAGGCCAACCAAACCAAAAAUUUCAGCAUCUGCCUAGAGAAACAGCUACCUAUAGAUAAAACAGAAGAUAAAUCUUUGGAAGAACGUGGGCGAAUUCUUAUAUCCUUAAAAUAUAGCUCACAGAAGUCAGGGCUUCUGGUAGGAAUUAUUAGAUGUGCACAUCUAGCAGCAAUGGACGCAAAUGGUUACUCUGAUCCCUAUGUGAAAACAUACUUAAAACCCGAUGAAGACAAGAAAUCAAAACAUAAAACUGCAGUGAAAAAGAAGACAUUAAAUCCAGAGUUUAAUGAGGAAUUUUGCUAUGAAAUAAAACACAGCGAUCUUGCAAAAAAAACUUUAGAAGUAACAGUUUGGGAUUAUGAUAUUGGGAAAUCGAAUGACUUUAUAGGAGGAGUUGUUUUGGGAAUCAACGCAAAAGGAGAACGUCUUAAACAUUGGUUUGACUGCCUGAAAAACAAAGACAAGAAAAUUGAGCGCUGGCACACGUUAACAAAUGAGUUACCGGGAGCUGUGCUCAGUGACUGACCUGAGUGUGCCCCUCUGCGUUGUGGUAGCACAGCUGUAAAGGAACAAGACACAAGCUAUGCCUUUGCCCUUGUCACAGUUUACCAUGACCAUGCAAAAGUGGAAAGAUGACUAGGAUUACCUUGCCUGUAAUGCUUU